GGCGGGGUGGGGUCGCUGCCCUCCAGCACGGCCCUGGCCCCUCCGGGAGUCGGAGGGAAAUCUCCAGGAGCCUGCGGAGAGCCACCCGGGGAAGACAUGAUAGGGCAGGCACUAAAAUAAAUCGUUAUUAAACGUUGCAUCCGAUUUAUGCAGCGCUUCCGUGGGGUUUUGAAGUGUCAUAGUCAUGUGCAUUUGUCUUCCUGACGUAAAGCCUGCACACUGUACGACAGUCAUUUGUGAGAAAACAGAAAGAAAAGACAGGAAUAGCAGCCGCAUUCUUCACUCUGCAACCUGCGGAUCAGUCAGCAGUGCUGAUGAAGACACUACUGUUGUUAAGUGUUUUGAGUAUUGCAGGGUCUGUGAGCAGCAACCACCACAGUGGAACUAGUGAGACAGACCAUGCGGCCUCUGGUAAUGGAAGCAAACUGUUUCCUUGGGAUAAAAUGAGGCUUCCCAAGCAUGUCACCCCAGUGCAUUAUGAUCUACUCAUCCACCCUAAUCUCACCACUCUGACGUUUACUGGCUUUGCCAAGAUAGAAGUUACAGUAAACCAACAAACCACUUCAAUCAUCCUGCACAGCAAGCACCUGCAGAUUACCAAAGCCACCAUCCAAGGAGGAAAAGGAAAUAGUCAUGCAGAAACAGAAGUGAUGGUUUGGGAACACCCCCCAUUUGAACAGAUUGCACUCCUUGCUUCUGAACCACUGCAAGUUGGACAAAACUAUACAGUCCACAUCGAGUAUUCAGCCAAUCUAUCAGAGAGUUUCCAUGGCUUUUAUAAAAGUAGUUACAGAACUCAGGAAGGAGAAGUGAGAGUACUUGCCAUAACACAGUUUGAACCAACAGCUGCACGCAUGGCCUUCCCAUGUUUUGAUGAACCAUCCUUCAAAGCCCAAUUUUCAGUUAAGAUUAGGAGAGAACCAAAGCACCUUGCACUAUCUAAUAUGCCAAUAGUGAGAUCUGUGAAUAUUUCGAAAUGGCUUGUUGAGGACCAUUUUGAUGUUAGUGUAAAGAUGAGUACUUAUCUUGUGGCCUUUAUAGUUUCUGAUUUUAAAUCAGUCAGUAAGAUGACCCGUCACGGAAUUAAGAUUUCCAUCUACGCUGUGCCUGACAAAAUCAACCAAGCUGAUUAUGCCUUGGAUGCAGCAGUGAAACUUUUAGACUUCUAUGAAGAUUACUUUAGCAUUCCAUACCCCUUACCCAAACAAGACCUAGCUGCUAUUCCUGAUUUUCAGUCUGGUGCUAUGGAAAAUUGGGGAUUGACUACAUACAGGGAAUCUGCUUUGUUAUAUGACUCUGAAAAAUCUUCAGCAUCAAGUAAACUCUGGAUUACAAUGAUCAUAGCCCAUGAGCUAGCUCACCAGUGGUUUGGAAACCUAGUUACUAUGGAAUGGUGGGAUGAUCUUUGGCUAAAUGAAGGGUUUGCAAAGUUUAUGGAAUAUGUGUCAGUCAGUGUUACCCAUCCAGAACUGAAAGUUGAAGAUUAUUUUUUAGGCAAGUGUUUUGAUGCCAUGGAGGUGGAUGCAUUGAAUUCUUCACAUCCUAUAUCUACUCCUGUGGAAGAUCCAGCUCAAAUUCUAGAAAUGUUUGAUGAUGUUUCCUAUGAGAAGGGAGCUUGUAUUCUGAACAUGCUGUGGAAUUACCUGACUGCAGAUGUGUUUAAAGCUGGUAUUGUACAAUAUCUCCGGAAUUACAGCUAUCGGAAUACAAAAAAUGAAGAUUUGUGGAAUAGUCUGACAAAUAUUUGUCCUGUAGAUGGCACCCAUGAAAGCCAACUUCAAAGUGACGGUUUUUGCACCAGAAACCAGCAGACAUCUUCAAGUUCGCACUGGACAAGAAGAGAGACCCUUGAGGUUGGGACAAUGAUGAACACUUGGACAUUACAAAAGGGUUUUCCAUUAAUAACUGUCAUGGCAAAAGGAAAGAAUGUCUAUCUGCGGCAAGAACAUUAUAUGAAGGGAUCUCAUUCUUCUCCACCAACAGGGUAUUUGUGGCAUGUUCCAUUAACAUAUAUUACCAGUAAAUCUGACACCGUUCAAAGAUUUUUGCUGACAACUAAAACAGAUGUCCUCAUCCUCCCUGAAGAAGUGGAAUGGAUAAAAUUCAAUGUGGGGAUGAAUGGAUAUUACAUUAUGCACUAUGAAGAUGAUGGAUGGGAUAAUCUGAUUAGCAUUUUAAAAGAAAACCACACAGCAAUUAGCAGCAAUGAUAGAGCAAGUCUCAUUAACAAUGUAUUCCAGCUUGUGAGCAUUGGAAAACUGUCGAUUUCCAAAGCUCUUGAUUUAACUUUGUACUUAAACCACGAAUCCCAAAUUAUGCCUGUAUUCCAAGGUAUGAAUGAGCUGAUUCCUAUAUAUAAGCUCAUGGAGAAGAGGGACAUGGAUGAUGUAGAAAACCAGUUAAAGGAGUACAUAGUCAACAUAUUUAAAAAUCUAAUUGAUAAACAGUCCUGGAAUGAUGAAGGCUCAGUCUCUGAACGAUUGCUUCGUAAUUCCCUCCUCCUGUUUGCUUGUGCACGCAAAUACCAACCAUGUGUGGACAAAGCAGAAGAAUAUUUUAUGAAGUGGAAGGAAUCUGAUGGAACUUUACGUUUACCCAAUGAUGUUAAGGCAGCAGUGUAUACUGUUGGAGCACAGACAGUUGAAGGUUGGGACUUCCUCUUUAGUAAAUACAGGCUGCCUUCAUUCAACACUGAGAAAAACGAGAUUGAAGUUGCUCUCAGUAUUAGCAGAAAUAAAGAAAAACUUCAGUGGUUAAUGGAUCAAGGUUUGUUGGGUGAUAUAGUAAAAACCCAGGAUCUUCCACAUAUCGUGGUGUUUGUUGCCAAGAACCCAUCUGGUUAUCACCUAGCUUGGAAGUUUCUGAAGGAAAAUUGGAAUAAGCUUGCACAAAAGUUUGAACUUGGCUCGCACUCCAUAGCAGGGAUGGUAAUUGGAGUGACAAACCAAUACUCUACAAGAGAACAGCUUGCACAGGUGAAAGAAUUCUUCAGUUCUCUGGAUGAAAAAAGUUCACAUCUCCGUUGUAUCCAACAAGCAAUAGAAAUAAUUGAAGAAAAUAUACGAUGGAUGGAUAUAAACUUUGAGCAAAUCAAACUAUGGCUACAAAACAACAAAAUAUAAAUGACUGAUUUUGGCUCCCAGUUGUUGAAAACAACACUGACAUAAUGUGAAUAUCUGAAAAAACAAAGAGCUCAGUUUUUUUUUUAAUUUGUCACUUGAGACAGAGAUAACCUAAGCCUAAUACUUUAUUUACUCAAAUAGAAGAUGACCCCUUUGUUAUAAUUUUCCAGGUAUAGAAUCUAAUUAUUGAAUGUUUGCCUUUAAUUUGUCCCCCUUCCAGCAGGAAAAAUAAAUAUAGGGGGAUCACUCCCUUGCCCUUUGCUGCCCCCCAGCUUUCUUCUGCAGCUCCUUCCCCACUUCCUUAUUGUCAGACCCUGAUCUCCCUGAGCACAUAGAAGUGGGAGGUAAAUUUGAAAACACUGGCCUUGAAAUAAGCAUGCCUAUAGUAAUGUGCAUAUAGACAAAUUAUUAUGGGUAUGCAUAGGCUUAGUUCAUCCAGAAUUCAUGCAAUUUACCUUACCUGACUUGAAAUGGAGCUGGCACUGAGGGGGACUGCACAGUAAUGGGCACUACCAUAUAUCUUAUUCAGGUGGGCUAAAAAAAAUUGUGAGAGGUUCCUAACAUGUUUGUCCAAUGUGAGCAAUGUGUUUUAUAGCCAUGCUCAGUACUGGCUUCAUUUAAUCAACUUCAUAGUUGGUUUCCAUUACUGAACACAUGCUGCUUUUGGCAAUAGUUCAUUAUAUACAUUGUCUAUAUAUUAAAGUGUUUUUUGUAUGCAAAUGUGAGAUGAAGAGCUUUUUUCCCCUAUGCUGACUCGGGGAAAACAACCUUGUCCUGUAUUUUGAGUAAAUAUGGUAUUAUUUUGGCUGGGUUGUGAGGGAUGGGGAAGAGGGAGGUGUUUUGUUGUAUUUUGGUCUUUUGUUAUUAGAUUCCAGUCGGGCCUGGAUUGGACCCCCAAUCUAUGUUUUUAAUGCAAUAACAAGUCUGUCCAACAUCAGAGCCCAGGGGCUGCAUGCUACACAAGAAGUCACAUGUCCUUGGCUGCACAGUAUGCAAGUUGCACUGGCUCCCCAGCAUCUCACUAUGUGCAGCCCAUCCCUGCCACCCAAGCAGCAUGAGUCCCCUGCUGCCACCACCAUGCUUGGGUUUCUUUUCCCUUCCCCUCACUGGCUUGUAAGAAGCAUGACCCCCUCUGCCAUGCUGGUGAUCAUUCUUCCACUGCUGCUGCAUGAGCCCCCUGCUGCUACCACCACAUGGGCAGUCUCCUUACCUUGCUGCCAUGUGAUACCCCUUCUGCCACUACUGUGCAGGCUAUUCCCCCUUCCCUCCAGCUGCUGCUGCAUGAGAAGCACUAGACCCCUUCUCAAACCCUCCCAUUGGCUGUGAUGUGGGCAGCAAGCUCAGGAGACCUCUUGCCAUGCCAUCCUGUCCCAGAGACCCCAGCUGCUGCCACCACACCCGGAGCCAUAGGAGCUUCGAUGGCCAGGUGGGAUUCUGGGGGCUACAUGUUAACCCUAUAUGGGUCAGACGUGACCUGCAGGCUGCCAGCUGGAUAGCUCUGCAGUAGCACAUCCCCACCCAAACCUUUACAGAAAGGGAACCUGCUGACCAUAUGUACCCUUUACAUAACUAUCAAACCAUAUGUAUUAGAUGGUCUGGAAUUUAACAAUGAAUUUGCUCGUUCUGAUUACAACUUUCAGAGAGUAUUUCAGGGCAAACAGAUUAUUGGAACUUAUCGCAUGGAAACUUCUAACUCACCUCAUGUUCUCCUUCACUCAAUGUACGAUGAAUCUCAGUCCCAAUUCUCUUAUGAUUGAGUGCACUCAGUCUUAAGAUAAUUUUUUUUUCAUAAUGCACCUCAUUUUGGUAUUUAAUUCUAUGGAGCUUGAUGGGGAGUUAGAGAGUUAGGGUAUAAGUGGAACACCUCGAAAGUAAAAUGUGUUCCACUGCAGUUAUGCAUUCAUUUUUCCUUCCCUAUUUUCCUCUUUUUAUCAUCAUAUUAACACUUGACCUUCAGAGCAAGCUUUCCUGUACCAUCAUACUAGACUUAAGUAAAAUACCUACUCCCUAGUAUAUUAAAAUCUUUGUAAUAUUUUGUGGCUAACAAAUUGGAGAAAAUGUUUUGAAUGUGAAAGGAGGCACGGAUUUUUUUGAGUGAUAUCUUUUGCUGGACUAGCAGCAUAGCUGGGAUAGACUUAGACAAGCUUCUGGGUACCACAGUUGAAAAGUAUCAAAUACUAUUUUAAGUCACUAACAUCAGUGAUUUCUUUUUUUUGUUGUAAUUGGUAGCUUUUCACUAAUAAGUGUGCUUUUUAAUUUUUGCCUGGUUGCAGAAUUGCAACUUAAAAACAAUGUUUGCAGAAGAUUUACAAAUCUAAAAUGUGAAUAAACUUAUUUUGAUUUUUUAAUGUAAUUGGAGUAUUUUUUUUCUAUUAAAAACAUUUAAAAAAAGGAAGAUAAGGACGAACAUUGGGUUGGGGCUAGAGAAAAAUAUUAAUUCAUAGUGGAUUUUAUUCCAGGCUCUUUCACAGUAAGUUGUGUGGAAAAUUAGUAGAGUCACUUGAAAGGGACAUGAAUUUGAUCUGAUAGCAUCUACAGUAAUAUUACUAAUUUUUCUUCUCUCCUGUUGUGUGGAUCUUUUGCAUAUCAGGGGAAAUGGUGAAGCUCUUCAUAUGUAAACCACUGUUAUAUGCACAAACUGAAAUAGAAACAAAAACUUCAGACAGAUGUCUGAUUUUUAACAUAAUGAUAAAAGUCUAUACAUCUGUGCCUUAGUCCCCUAUCUGUAAAAUAGAAAUAAUAAUAAUACCUACCUCACUGAGAAGUUGAGGCUUUUAUCAUUAAUGAUUGAAAGGAGUUUUAAGCUCUUCCAACACAGAUUUGAAGCUUUUUUUUAGAAUGUUUGAAAAAAAUAGUCCUCUUUUUUUUAUCAAUUAUUGAAUCUUUCAUUUACUGUAAGAAAUGUUCUCCUCAUUGGUUAUUUACAGGAAUGGGAGUUGUGAAUGUACUCUGUAUCUAUUUUUAAUCUUACUGCUGUACAUAAUUAUAUAAAAGAGUAACAAGAAAUGUAUUUGUUAUGAUUUGGAAACAAAUUAUUUGACUCUUGGGUGUAAUUUUCAGUAUUUUUAAAUGUGUAUGUAAAUGUGUGGAACUUCUAAAACACCAGGCUCUUAAACUGAAAGAGUUGUCAUAGGUAAACAUUAUGGUACAAAGUAAAAAAUUUAUCAGAAAAAUAAAUGUGUUGUUUACACCAUG